AUGGGGCCAGAGGGUGGUUUCUUAGGCAGUGGACAGAUCCACGUCAUCCUGUGGGGAAGUUUGGCAGCCAUGACAACGCUCUUGUUCCUCACCUUCCUCAUCUUCCUCUGCUCCAGCUGCAACAGGGAAAAGAAGGCCAAACAUCAGAAUGGAGAUCAUGAAAAUCUGAUGAAUGUGCCUUCCGAUAAGGAGGUGUUCAGCCACUCGAUCACAAGUUCGGCUACAGAGCCCCCUCCGAGCAGCGACCAGAACGGGGCACUCAGCAACGGCGAGGUACUCUCAGAGGACAGUACAACUGCCUGUAUCCAGCCUUAUGAAGAAGUACAGACGUCUGUCUCUGAUCUGCUAGAUCAACAGGAUAGUCUUGGGAAGUCCAUAAAAUGUCACCAGAGCCGGGAACUACCCAGUAUUCCCCCUAACAACACCAUGGAAACCAUAAUUUCAGCUAGAAAUGCAGAAAAUGAUCAAGGUCUUGGAAUGGAAGGGCCUUACGAAGUGUUAAAAGACAGCUCCUCUCAGGAGAACAUAGUUGAAGACUGCUUGUAUGAAACUGUGAAGGAAAUUAAAGAUGUUGGAGCAGUAGCCAGCAUGGAAGGGAGCUGUAACAGCAAAUCAAAGGCUUCGUUGGCGGUUUCUGAAGGUCAGGAUCAGAUUCCUGAGUGCAGAAUUGAAUCAGCAGAAUAUGCAUCUGUUGACCGAAAUAAAAAAAGUCGCCAAAGUGCUAAUUCAGAAAGCCCUCUUGACAACACACCAGAUGUAGAGGAUGAGCUUCCCCCUCCGGUACCCAUGAAACUUCUCGAUGAAAAUGAGAAUGUGCAAGAAAAAGAAGUGGAAGAAGAAGAAGUGACAGAAGGAGCAAGUAAACCAGAGAAGAGGCUUAGUUCGAUGUCUUACAAGUCUCGGGAGGAAGAUCCAUCUCUUACAGAAGAUGAAAUCUCAGCCAUGUACUCGUCGGUGAGUAAGCCGGGACAGGCCAUCAAGGCACUGGAUUCUCCAUACACCUGUAUUCAAGAAAUGGCAUCUCAGAGGUCCCCAUCUAUUUGCAGUGGCCUCUAUGCAAGUGUGAAGGACUUUGAAAACACCCUAAAUAUUACCACUGUGCCUCAGUCAGCGGACAGACCAAACGGGGAGCUGGAGCCUGACUAUGAAGCUAUCCAGUCAGUGAGCCAAGAAGAAGACAGGACCUUGUCUGUGCCUAACACAAACCACACUGCUCUUUCGGGAGAGAAUGACUAUGAGAGCAUAGGGGACUUGCAGCACCACAGGGAUUUCACCAGACUUUAACUACUCUGGCAGGCAGAUUUCAGCAUUUAUCUGAUCCGCUGGUAUUUUCAAAGGAACAUGUGAAACGUGGAGAGGGAAGUGCUU